UACAGAUACGACUAUGGUACGCUGCUCCAGAAUUCGACGUUUUGCUUGGUGCCACGGGGACGACGCCUGGGCUCCUUCAGAUUUCUCGAAGCGUUGCAGGCGGGCUGCAUCCCGGUGCUAUUGUCCAAUGCCUGGGUAUUGCCAUUUGAAUCGAAAAUCGAUUGGAAACAGGCCGCCAUUUGGGCCGAUGAACGGCUGCUGCUCCAGGUACCCGAUAUUGUUCGCUCAAUUUCAGCGGAACGCAUCUUUGCCCUGCGACAGCAGACACAGGUCCUGUGGGAGCGCUACUUUGGCUCCAUAGAGAAAAUCGUCUUCACAACAUUCGAGAUCAUUCGCGAACGACUUCCCGAUUAUCCGGUGCGCAGCAGCCUCGUCUGGAACUCGGCGCCCGGCGCCCUCCUCACGCUGCCCACAUUCGCCGAUAGUUCGAGAUUUAUGCCCUUUCUGUUGAAUGCGAUGGGCGUGGAGCCGCGUCACAACUACACGGCCGUUAUCUAUGUGCAAAUUGGCGCCGCCCUCGGCCCCAAUGCGGCGCUCUACAAACUAGUCAGGACCAUUACGAAGAGCCAAUUUGUGGAUAGAAUACUUAUCCUGUGGGCUGCCGAUCGGCCGCUUCCACUUAAGAAACGUUGGCCGCCCACCUAUCACAUACCUCUGCACGUGAUUGCCCUGGGUGGCAGUAGUCGAGGGGCGGCAGCGUCGCCCACGGGGCAAACAGGGCCGGAGGCACGACCGAGCAUAUCGCAGCGAUUUCUGCCCUACGAGGAAAUACAAACGGAUGCUGUGCUCUCGCUCGACGAGGAUGCAAUACUCAACACGGAUGAACUGGACUUUGCCUACACGGUCUGGCGUGACUUUCCGGAACGCAUUGUGGGCUAUCCGGCUCGAGCACAUUUCUGGGAUGACUCCAAGAAUGCCUGGGGCUAUACGUCCAAGUGGACGAACUACUAUUCGAUUGUACUGACGGGUGCGGCGUUCUAUCAUCGCUACUACAACUACUUGUACACCAAUUGGCUGUCGUUGCUGUUAUUAAAGACUGUACAGCAGUCCUCCAACUGCGAGGAUAUCCUAAUGAACCUGCUGGUCUCGCACGUGACCAGAAAACCGCCGAUCAAAGUGACACAGCGCAAGGGUUACAAGGAUCAUGAGACGGCUCGCUCGCCCUGGAAUGAUCCCGAUCAUUUCAUACAGCGACAGAGCUGCCUCAACACAUUCGCAGCGGUAUUUGGCUACAUGCCGCUCAUACGUUCCAACUUGCGCAUGGAUCCCAUGCUAUAUCGUGAUCCAGUCUCCAAUUUGCGUAAAAAGUAUCGCCAGAUCGAGUUGGUUGGCAGCUAGCGGUAUAUGCAAAUUGGCAAUAGCUACAAGCGUUAAGAGUACUGAGAUUCCCUACCCGCACGUGUACACACCAACACAAACACAAACAAACACCCACACAUACAUACGGACUUCAUAAACUGCUGUUUAUUGACGCUGCGAAGCGCCGCAAAAACUAUGUUAAUUAUUAUUAGUAGCAAAAAUUAGUUAGGAUUUAUGAAGCGUAUAUAUAUUUAUGUAUAUGUAACAAAAUAGCAUUCAACGUUGCAAUUAUAUAUAUUUAUAAUGCAUACUGUAUACACUCACACACACACACACACACAGCAGAUUUGUAUAUGUACAUAAAUAGAAGAACUCUGAUUAGGCCUAGUUAAGUUGUGCGACCUGCCCUGGGCGCAGUGAGCGAGCGGAAUGCCAUUUUUUGCUAAUUUCAAAUUAGCGCUGCAAAUUUUCGAUAUACAUAUAUACGAUAUAUAGAUAUAUAUAUACACAUAAUUACAUAUACAUACCUUAUAUGUGCAUAAGUAGCUGAUUUUGUACGCGUUUGAUUUUUGUAUGUGUGUAAAUGUUUUUUGUAUAUGUAUGUAUGUAUGUAUGUCUGCCGCAUAGGAACUGUAAUUGUUAUAACUCGACAUGAUUAUAUGAUAUGAUAUGGAAUCGCUAUGAUACAUAAGUCUAUAUGUGUAUAGUUAGUUAGUGUUAUUAUUAUUGAUGUGUGUGUCUGUAGCCAUUCUUAUGUUUAACUAAUCAAUGGCAGUUAAUUAGGCUUAAGCUUGCAAAGAUAUUCCUUAUCUAUAAUAAUUGAAGAAAUUUAUUGAAAACUGCGGCCAUUAUUUUGCAAUAACAAUACAAAA